UACUUUGUUCAACAGCUCUUGGUCUAAAUAGUUCUGGUAGCAAGAAGAAGCCAUCUGAAGGCAAGGCAAAUGAAAAGCGACACAAGUGUUCAUUGUGCGAUUAUGUCACCGACUUUACAACCAAUUUGAAGAGACACAUGUUCACGCACACUGGCGAACGACCAUUUCCAUGCAAUCUGCGCGUGCAUACCGGCGAGAGACCAUUCGAAUGCGACCAAUGCUCAAAGAUAUUCAACCACCCAACUGCUUUGGAGAACCACCGCGAAACUCACACCAAUCCUCGUCCAUUGAAAUUCAAGUGUUCAUCCUGCUUCAAGAACUUCGCCCAACAGAAGGAAAAAGAAAAUCAUGAAACCAACUGCAAGCGACGCGGAUACCGAUGCGAUUUGUGCAAAAGCUACACAACUGAUCAUAAACCAAAUUUAAUGAACCACAUGCGAGUCCAUACUGGUGAAAAGCCUUUCCGAUGUGAAAAAUGCUCAAAGUGCUUCUCGCAAAAGGCAAAUCUCAAGCAGCACAAGAAAAUUCACAAGCAGCUGUCUCUCGGCAAUGGUGCUUGCAUCGAAAUUGCAUUGCGAAUUGCGAUGAAUGGCAACUGUACAGAGCCGCCCGAUAAACACAAAUCGAAUGCCAUGGCAAAACAAAAUGAAUCGAUUUUGUGUGGAAUGGAAAUCAAACAGGAGCCAACAAUCAAACAAGAGAAUGAAGUCUCUGACGAAAUUCUGAUCGUAUCGCGGUCAGCACACACAGCCAUUGGAUCGCUUGACAAUUCAAUUGGCGGUACAGAAGUGAAUGACAGCGACGUUUGCUUCGAUUUCUAUGAUAUGGAUGGGGUAAAGUCUGAAGUGAAGAUCGAAAAAGUUGAGGAUGAGGCGAAUCAAGUUCCACGGAAGGACUCUGACAAAAAUUUAAGGCCACAAAGCAAUGUGGAGAAGAAGAAUUCCAAAUCGAAAUCAAGUGGACCGGAUGAUGGUGUGACAAAGAAAGGAUCAGCCAAAAGCGGGAAAAGUAGCACAGCUACUAGUUUUGGUAGCAACAAGAAACCAGCUGAAGGCGAGACAAAUCGAAAGCGACACAAGUGUUCAUUGUGCGUAUAUGUCACCGAUUUCACAACCGAUUUGAAGAAACACAUGUUCACGCACACUGGUGAACGACCAUUUCCAUGCAGCGUGUGCCAGAAACGAUUCAUCAAAAAAUGGAAUCUCCAAUCGCACAUGAAAAUACACGUUAAUGAAUUUCUAUUCAGCUGCUCAAAUUGUUCGCAAGGAUUUCAUCGCAGCGAGGAGAAGGUGGAACACGAAACUGGUUGCACGGUUCGUCGCUACGAGUGUCACCUAUGCAAGGAAUUCUCUACUUUGCGGCCGCCGGAUAAACACGAAUGUGAUGCCAUUGCGUUGCAGAAUGAAUCGAUUUUGGGCGGAAAGGAAAUCCAGCGAGAGCCGACUGUCAAACAAGAAUAUGAAGGCAACGACGGUAUUGUGAUGGUAAUGAGAUCGGCACACACAGCCAAUGGAACACUUGAAAAUGCGACUGCUAGUGGCCAAGAGAAUGGUACCAAAAUUUGUUUCGAUUUCUUCAAUCUGGACGAGGUAAAAUCGGAAGUAAAGACUGAAAAGGUUAGGGAUGCGGUGAAUCAAGUUCCACGGAAGAGCUCUGACGAAAAUCGAAAUCCACAAAACAAUGCGAACAAGCGUUUCCCGAUACCGAAAACAAGUGAAUCGGAUGAUGGUGCGACAAAGAAAAGAUCAGCCAUAAUUGGGAAAAGAAGCACAGCUUAUAGUUUUGGUAGCAAGAAGAACCCAGCUGAAGGUGAGACAAACGGAAAGCGGCACAAGUGUUCAUUGUGCGAGUAUCAGACUUCCAACAAAAGUCAUAUGAAAAGACACAUGUUCAAGCACACCGGCGAACGACCAUUUCCAUGCAGCCUGUGCCAGAAGCGAUUCACAACGAAACAACAUCUCCAAUCGCACAUGAAAACACACGUCGAUGAGUUUCUGUUCAGCUGCUCAAAUUGUUCGCAAGGAUUUGAUCGAAGCGAGGAGAAGGUGGAACACGAAACUGGUUGCACGGUUCGUCGCUAUGAGUGUUAUCAGUGCACGGAAUACUCUACAUUGGAUAAGUGGAAUCUGAAAUGUUAUCUGCUUGUGCAUACCGGCGAGAGACCAUUCGAAUGUGACCAAUGCUCAAAGAGAUUCAAGCGUAAAAAUGCUUUGAAAUACCACCGCAAAUCUCACACAAAUCCUCGUCCAUUGAAAUUCAAGUGUUCAUCUUGCUUCAAAAACUUCGCCCAACAGAAGGAGAAGGAAAAUCAUGAAGCCAACUGCAAGCGACGCGGAUGCCAAUGCGAUUUGUGGAAGACCUACUCAACUGAUCAGAAAGGACAUUUGAUGAACCACAUGCGAGUCCACACUGGCGAAAAGCCAUUCCAAUGUGAAAUAUGCUCGAAGUGCUUCUCGCAAACGGCUAGUCUCAUCCAACACAAGAAGAUUCACAAGUCGCUGUCUGCUGCCAAGGAAUAA